AUGGCUGCAGUUGUGAUGUUUAGUUCCAAAGUCCAACAUACCCUGGAAAGAGGCUUCCUGGAAGACCAUUUCCGCCACAUUACAACUUACCUUUAUGCUAGCCUGGUGCUAGGAGAACUUGUGUUAUUUUGCUUAGUUGAUCACCCUCCCUUCUUCUCUAAAGCUGUCAACAAUCCUAAUCAGUGUCCAGAAGCCAGCACCUCUUUUCUUUCCAAGAUCACAUACUGGUGGUUCUCUGGGCUUGUCCGGAAAGGCUGUCAGCAGUCUUUGGGGGUGGAUGACUUGUGGCCGGUGAGAAAAGAGGACUCGUCUGAAGAAAUUGUUACCUGGGCUGAAAGAGAGUGGAAGAAGUGUCAUAGCAGAACCCAGCAAAAAAUUGAGUCUGCUACCUUUAAAAAGAGUCAGAAGAGUGAACCUGGCAUAGCAGAAGCUGAAGAGACAGAGGCUCUACUGCAAUUGGAGCACAGUCAGAGCAGGCUCUUACUGAAAGUGUUUUGGAGCAUGUUUGGAACCUAUUUCCUUCUCAGCACUGUCUGCUUAGUUAUCUGUGAUGUCUUCUUGUUCUCCAUCCCAAAGUUACUGAGCCUUUUCCUGGAGUUCAUUGAAGAUCAAGAAGCAGCUAGCUGGCAUGGUUAUUUCUAUGCCUUCACUAUGUUCCUUUUGGCUUGUCUCCAGACUCUUUUUGAACAACGAUAUAUGUACAUGUGUCUUGUUCUGGGGCUGAGACUGAAAACUGCAGUAACAGGGCUUGUGUACAGAAAGAUCCUAGUUAUGUCAAAUGCAUCAAGGAAAGCAGCAACAGUAGGUGAAAUUGUCAAUCUCAUAUCUGUUGAUGUCCAAAAGCUAAUGGAUCUGAUUAUCUAUUUUAAUGGGGUCUGGCUUGCUCCUAUUCGGAUUAUCAUCUGCUUUAUCUUCUUGUGGCAGCUUCUUGGGCCCUCUGCCUUGGCUUCAAUUGCUGUAUUCCUUCUUCUUUUGCCUCUGAAUUUUGUGAUCACCAAGAAGAGGAGUCAGUUUCAGGAGACCCAGAUGAAACAUAAAGAUGAGCGGGCUAAACUCACCAGUACCAUUCUCAAUGACAUUAAAGUAAUCAAACUGUAUGGCUGGGAGAAAACCUUCAUAGAGAAAGUACUUGGUAUCCGGAAGCAAGAACUUCAGGCCCUAAAAAGAUCUCAAACUCUCUUCUCAGCAUCUCUAGCUUCUUUCCAUUCAUCGACUUUCCUAAUUGCAUUUGUCAUGUUUGCUGUCUACACCUUGGUGGAUAAUACACACGUCCUGGAUGCUCAGAAGGCCUUUGUAUCUUUAACACUGAUCAACAUUCUCAACACUGCGCACUCCUUCCUGCCAUUCUCCAUAAAUGCUGCUGUCCAGGCCAAAGUUUCUUUAAACCGCUUAGCAGCUUUUCUGAAUCUGGAAGAACUGAAUUUUGAGAGCUCAGACAGAAACACUUCUGACUUACAGGCAAGUAUCACCAUAAGAAAUGGGACUUUUUGCUGGAGCAAAGAAGCUUCUCCUUGUCUUAGAAGGAUAGAUCUUACCGUGCCCCAAGGCUCCUUGCUUGCUGUAGUUGGCCAGCUGGGUGCUGGAAAGUCCUCCUUGCUGUCAGCGUUACUUGGUGAGCUGGAGAAGAUGGAUGGCUCCGUGACCAUGAAGGGCACCACCGCUUAUGUCCCCCAGCAAGCUUGGAUACAAAAUGCUUCAGUGGAAGAUAACAUUCUCUUUGGGAAAGAGAUGGAUGAAACAUGGUUCAAUACAGUGAUAGAUGCUUGUGCACUGCAACCUGAUCUGGAGAGCUUCCCUGCCGGGCAGAAGAGUGAAAUAGGAGAGAAGGGAAUAAAUAUAUCUGGAGGGCAGAAGCAGAGAGUGAACCUUGCUCGUGCCGUGUACCAGAAGGCUUCGGUUUACCUUCUAGAUGACCCCCUCUCAGCUGUCGAUGUCCAUGUUGGACAGCACAUUUUUGAACAUGUUCUUGGACCCAACAGCUUACUGAAGGACAAGACUCGUGUGCUGGUGACUCACACAAUCAACAUUUUACCUCAAGUGGACAACAUUCUUUUGCUGGUGGAUGGAACAAUCUCAGAAAUUGGUUCCUACCAAGAACUUCUACAGAGAAAUGGGGCCUUUGCAGAAUUUCUUCAUUCACACAUUACUGCAGAAGAGAAGACAGGUGCUGGUUUUCCAGCUAUAGAGGACAUCAAAGGCACCAUCACUUCCAGAAAUUGUCCAUCACAGGAGCAGCUCUUUAGUGACAAUUUGGUAAAAUCUUCUGCUAUGGGAAGGGAGACCAUUGCUGCAAGUCAAGACUGUACCGCUGCUGCAGCCACCAAAGGAAGAUUAACCAAGGGAGAGAAAACUCUGCAUGGCAGGGUUCAUACUUUGAUUUAUGCAGCCUACCUGAAGGCAACAGGCUUACCACUGUGCGUGUACAUCAUUCUGUUGUUCACAUGUCAGCAAGCUGUGUCAUUUGCUCGUGGUUACUGGCUCAGUAGGUGGACAGAUGACCCUGUCCAUAACGGGACACAGCAGCAUACAGAGCUGAGAGUCGGAGUCUUUGGUGCACUAGGAGUCAUUCAAGCCCUUGGCAGAUUUGCCUCCACAGCAGCAGUCCUCCUAGGUGGUGUGUUAGCAUCGCACAAGCUGUUUCUCCAGUUGCUGAGGAACGUUGCUAGAUCCCCAAUGGGCUUCUUUGAGCAAACGCCCAUUGGAAACUUGCGGACCCGCUUCUCCAGAGAAAUGGAUGCUAUUGAUUGCGUCAUCCCUGACAAGCUGAAGUCCUUGCUGGGAUUCUUGUUCAACUUGCUGGAGAUCUACCUUGUGAUUAUAGUGGCUACACCAAGGGCAGCAAUGGCCAUUGUGCCCUUGACUGUUCUUUAUGCUGUAUUCCAGCACUUCUACGUCAUCACCUCCUGCCAGCUGAGACGCAUAGAGGCUGCCAGCAGGUCACCCAUCUACUCCCACAUUUCAGAAACUUUCCAAGGGAGCAGCGUGAUCCGUGCUUACAAGGACCAGAAGAGGUUUACUCUGAAGAGCAAUUUUCUAGUGGAUGAGAAUCAGCGAGUAUGCUUCCCUGGAGCAGUUGCUGACAGGUGGCUUGCUACAAACCUGGAGUUUCUAGGCAAUGGCAUCGUAUUGUUUGCAGCACUGUUUGCAGCAAUAGGCAGAACACAUCUUAGCCCAGGAACUGCUGGCUUCUCCAUUUCAUGUGCUCUUCAGAUAACUGGUGUGCUGAACUGGAUGGUGCGCUCCUGGACAGAAAUAGAGAACAACAUUGUUUCUGUGGAGAGAGUGAGAGAAUACCUGAGGACUCCUAAGGAGGCACCCUGGACUAUGAAUGCAAAACUUCAAGGUCAAGUUUGGCUCACUGAAGGAAGAAUUGAAUUUAGAAACUAUAGUUUGCGAUAUAGGCCAAAUGUGGCGUUAGCACUGAAGCAUGUCAAUCUAACCAUCAAUGGUCAAGAGAAGAUCGGCAUAACUGGAAGAACAGGCGCUGGGAAAUCUACAUUUGCUGUGGGAUUGCUGCGACUCGUGGAAGCUGCUGAAGGAGCAAUCCUAAUUGAUGGACACGAUAUUGCUCAACUAGGUCUCCAUGACCUUAGAAGCAAGAUAACUGUCAUUCCCCAGGAUCCAGUUUUGUUUUCUGGCUCUCUAAGAAUGAAUCUCGACCCAUUAAACCGAUACACUGAUGCAGACAUCUGGACAGCCUUGGAACUGACUCAGCUCAAGGACUUUGUUGCAGAAUUGCCAGAUCAGUUGGAAUAUGAGUGCACUGACCAAGGGGAAAACCUAAGCACUGGUCAGAAACAACUGGUUUGUCUGGCUAGAGCACUUCUUCGGAAAGCCAAAAUCCUCAUUCUGGAUGAGGCCACAGCAGCAGUAGAUUCAGAAACUGAUCUUCAGAUUCAGUCCACCCUGAGGACUCAGUUCAAAGACAGCACAGUGUUAACAAUAGCUCACCGGAUAAACACCAUCAUGGACUGUGACAGGAUUUUAGUCUUGGAAAACGGUCGGAUAGCUGAAUUUGACACUCUGGAACACUUAAUAGCUCAGAAGGGACUGUUUUACAGACUGAUGGAAGAAUCAGGCCUUGCAUGA